AUGAAGCCUAUUUUCUUCAUUAUUGUUCUUGUUUCAAGCCUUGUUUCAAUGGCUAUUGCAAUUCCAGGCACUGCCACCUUUUACCAACAAUAUACUCCAUCUGCAUGUUAUGGGAACACCCCAGGGGGAGUGAUGAUUGCCGCAGCAAGUCAUCCUUUGUGGGAUGGAGGUGCCAUUUGCGGAAAGAUGUUCACAGUUAAAUGCACCGGUGCCACAAAUGCAGUCCCUCACCCAUUCCAUGAUGGUAAAACAGUCACUGUUAAAAUUGUUGAUCACUGUCCAGGUUGUGGAGGAACCCUAGAUCUUUCUAAAGAAGCAUUUGAAUCCAUUGCCAACCCUGUCGCUGGAGUUAUCAAAAUUGAGUAUUGGUAG